GCUCGGGGAAGGCCAGAGACUCGGUCACGAUCAGGAUCACUCCGGGAUCAGGAUGAGGAUCACUCCGGGAUCAGGAUGAAGAUCACUCCGGGAUCAGACUCAGGAUUACGCCGGGUUUAGGGCCACUCCGAGUUCAGAUUCAGGAUCACUCUGGGAUCAGACUCAGGAUCAUUCCAGAUUCAGGAUUCAAAUUCAGAACGACUCUGGGUUCGGAUUCAGGAUCACUCCGGGAUCAGACUCUGGGUCACUCUGGAUUCAGGGUCACUCCAGGGUCAGAAUCAUUUCGGGUUCAAAUUCAGAAUUACUCUGGGUUCAGGUUCAGGAUCACUCCGGGUUGAGGAUGUGUCGCCGCUGUUAGCAGCCUGCUAGAGUCGGGAACAAUUUGUUUAAAACGAGUAAUCAGCUUGUUUCAUCCCCCAGCUGGGUGUCGUCCUUUUUAGUUUUACUGAUUUGUCCAGAACCAAUAAUUACUAAGGAAGAAUUGAGGGAGAUCAGCUCCGGGAAGGAGAGAGAGAGAGAGGGAUCCCCGGGGUAUUCAGUGUGGAGUGGGAGCACCAAAACCCACUCACUGGGAAACCCAGCCCCGGCCGGCUCUCAGUGAUCAAGCUACAUUGAGAAUGAUCUUGACAGCAUAGUAAUAAUGAUUCCUGUUAUGUUGGAAAGUAAAGGUUCACCACAUUUGCAUCCGUCACCGCAAAGUGAUCUCUUAUUUCAGAAUAACAAAGAAACAACACCACGUAAAUCAGAUAUAACUGAUCAAAAUUUUGCAGCUCAAAUUAUACAAAGAUCGUGGUGUUCUUACAGAAAUAAACAGCUAUUUCGCCUCCUCAAGCACACAAUCUGUGCAGCAGAACACUGCCUGACAACUAACAUUCUAAGGAAACUUCAGCUCUCCGAUGUCGAGCUCCUGAAGGAUACCAGCUUGUCACAUAAGAUUAGAUUCAGAUUUGCUGGAGAAGAAUUUCCUCCAAUCCUUGUGUUUAAGAUUUUUCAACAUUCCGGGAGUUGUAAAAAUCACUAUAUAAGUGGGAAAAGAAUAAUCAGGCCUGCGACAAAGGCAGCAGCUGCUUCCUGCAAAAUUAUGGGACACAGGAAAUUCUAUGAUCUUAUUAUAGAGGAUAACCUUCGGUAUCAAAGAACCAAAAUAGCAGAUGAAACUGAUAUUGUCACAAUGAAAGAUUAUAUGCAGUACAUAAGUAAUCUGGAUGAGACUCCAGCUUAUCUUGGAGGAAAAGACAACUACUGGAGAAUGUUGACCCUGACAAACCUACCCAGGACAACCAUUAUGUAUGACAUUAUGGACUAUGCUCAAAACAAAACUUUAUCUCAGCGUUUGAAAGAGGAAUUGCCAACUCUGCUUUCCAAACCCAUUACUGAAGAAAUUCAACUUCAACACAUUAGAACAAUCUCUCAGACCAGAUCACCAUGUCCAGCCACAAACAUCCCUCCAUCUCGAUCUUCAACAUCCUCAAAAACAGCAAGAGAGUCACAACGCUGUUCUUACAAGGCACGACAAAAAGUUUCCAAAAUGAGAAAGAUUUAUGGUUUGGAUAAAAACAAAGAGGAAGUCCUGAAUAACCCCACUCAUCACAGUCAUGCACAGGAUGGUUUGCAGAUUAUCACAAGUUGUGAUCAAGAAAGAAGUCCAGCUGUUCAUUCACCUUCUGAAGAGUGGGAACAUGAAGUGGAUGAACUCUAUGCUUGGACACAGGAACUAUCACUUGACUAUUAGUCUUAUUUUAGUCACAGAAAUCUAUGCCGUGAAGUCACAUAGCUGCCAAACUCUGGCUCUUCCAUGUCAGAUAUACUCAACUGUUCAGUACAGUCACAUCCUUUGUGGUUCUUUUUCAUUUGGUUUUCACUUUACCUACAUUGUAAUAA